AGACACAUGGUUUACAACAACAACAGCAGCCCAAGAAAUGUUGGUUUCUCGGGCUGCUUCGGCGCUUUUUCAUAGCAAUAUUCCCGUGAAGAACAUCUUUACAGCUUUCACACAGGCGUGUUCUCUCCAUUUGUCAGUCAGGAGACCUCAGGAUUUUGACAGGUUUGAGCCCUUUGAUGGAAGAGGCUUGCCUGAAGAUGGUGCUGUCAUUCCAAGACAGCGAGCCGUACCGAUCAUUACAUCUCGCAAGGUUGAAUUCCCAGAUCGCUACCGACCUAAUAAGGUGGCCUGGUUAGAAUCACUUAACACUGCAGAGGAGGAGAAAUUAGGCCUCGUUGAUCUACACCCAGAUGUCUUUGCUACAUUUCCACGCAUUGAUGUUCUUCAUCAGAAUGUCACAUGGCAGUCACUCUAUAAGAAGAUUGACUAUAAAAGAGUCCCGACAAGAGCGGAGAUGAGGGGAGGGGGACGGAAACCGUGGCCACAGAAAGGGACUGGACGGGCUCGACACGGGAGUAUCCGCUCUCCUAUCUUUAAGAAGGGGGGUGCUGCUCACGGUCCAAGAGGUCCCAAAAGUUACUUUUAUAUGUUGGCAAAGACAACCAGGGCGCUUGGUUUGCGGGUGGCAUUAUCUGUCAAAUUGGCACAGGGAGAUUUACACAUAGUAGACUCAUUUGACAUCCCCAGUGAUCAGCCAGAGUACAUGGAAUCUUUAGCUGAAUCUCGGAAGUGGGGCGUUUCUGUACUGUUCAUAGAUGACACUGACAUAAUGCCAAGAAACAUCAGCCUGUCUCUGAACAAAAUACCAAGUUUUAACCUGAUGCCAGUCUAUGGUCUUAAUGUCUACAGUAUGCUGAAGCACGAGAGCCUGGUGCUGACCUUGGCCGCUGUGGAGAAAAUUGAGAAUCGGCUGCUGUACUUGAUGCACUCAAGCGCCGCAGACAGAAAGUACACCACCACUUGGAUGUUGAAGGAAGAGGAGUGGGAACCGAAUUAUUUCAAGGAUCAGGUCACCUGGUGACCAUGUUUACUGGGAUCGCGAAAAACUGUGGAGUGUAAACUUAAGUAGAUAUGAAAGUCUGAGUACUGAUUGUGGAGUGACUUUAAUACAAAUACAUGUAGAAGUCAGAGUUUAUCAUAGCCUUUGAUUUUAGUUUAACAGGAAUCCACAAGUGCGGGCAGGGGCAGAGGUGGUUAGCGUGCUAGCACGGCAGUGACCUAAGAGCCUUUCACCAAUGUGAUCUCUGUGACUUCAAGUCCUGCUCAUGAUGGCUUCCUCUCAGGUUGUAAGUGGGAAUGUCUGACAGCAACCUGCGGAAGAUCAUGGGUUUCCCCCGGACGCUGCCCAAUUUCCUCCCACCAUAAUUCUGGCGGCUGUCGUACAAGUGAAAUUUUCUUGAGUAUAACAUAAAAAAACAAUCAGA